CCGCCCGGACGUGAUGGAUACUCAAAAACACCACCUGCGCGUCUCUCGUUUCCAUCAAGGCGACCGUAUCCGCAAGUCGAUGAGAUUUCGAAAAUGGAUCCUGUGUCGCCCAUAUCGGACCACUCCAGUGGUGCGCAUCACGUGCGCUCGGACGCGUAUGCUGCAGUCCCACUGAACGAACCACUGAACGAACCUAGAACACCUUCCCCACCUCAGAUCCCCACUCGGCCUCAGGCUCAGGCCCAUGCAAUACCUACCCCAUCCACGUCAAGCCUCCAAAAGUCGCAACAAAAGCGACACCGUUACACCCAACUCGCAACCGACCUCUGGCUCUGGGAGGUCUGUUCCAUAUGGGUUAGCUGCAUCUGCUUGGGCGGCAUUUUCCUCGUUCUUGGGCUCCAUGACAACCAGCCAUUGCCGAAAUGGCCGUUCGACAUCACCAUCAAUGCCCUAAUAUCCGUGUUGGCGGUGGUGAUGAAGUCUGCGCUUUUAGUUCCUGUGGCAUCGACUAUUGGCCAGUUGCGGUGGCACUGGUUCAAGCGUGAGCCGCAUCCUCUCUCGGAUAUGGAGGUGUACGAUGAAGCUAGUAGGGGCCCUUGGGGAAGCGCUAUGCUACUGAUUAGCGUACGAUGGAGAAGUAUUGCUUCAAUGGGAGCACUCAUCACCAUCCUAUCCAUGGCCAUGGACCCCUUCUUCCAGCAAAUCGCGAGCUACGAGCCCGGCCCCGUAGGUUCAGGAAACUCCUCCGUCAUACCAUCACGCCGCCUCUUCGACGCCGGCUUAGAUUCCAAGUACGCGCAUCCCCAAGUGCCCCCAGCGAUGCGAGCAGCCAUCUAUCAAGGACUGUUCUUCACCGGUGCAACUAACGACACUUUUGCCAUGAGUGCUCUUGCCCCGCGGCCGAAUUGCGCCAGUGGGAACUGUACGUAUCCUGAGUUCGAAACGCUCGCGGUGUGCUCCAAGUGCGCAAAUGUCACGGAUAGACUGUUCCGCAAUUGGACUAACGAAUUUGGCACUGACACGUACAACUGGUCUCUGCCAAACGGAUUCAACACCGGCGGUAUCGAUGUCAGCGACGGGGACCGCGUCGUUAUGAAAGCGAGCGCAAGCUACAACGCGACGGUGUUGACGGCGGGUUUCCCGCUGCUCAAUUACUCGACUAUCCAGAUCCCCGACACCUUCACUGAUACCGAAGCAGAAGGACCAAAUGCCACCAUUGCAGUCAGUGCGGAAGAGUGCAUGCUCUACUGGUGCGUCAAGAAGUACCGCUCCAGCGUCGUCAACGGCCUUCUCAACGAAACGCUCGUUGCAACCACAUCCGACGGCGGCGACGACGUCGGUGCACUGUACCACUUCAAGCCGCCGGGUUCCAACGCUUCGUUCGAGAUCCCAGUCGAUGGGCUGAUGAAUGCCACUACCACCUGGGGCCCUACCUACCCCAAGGGCACAAUUAAUGGCACAUUUCUCGUCAACAAGAAUGCUUCCAACCUCAUCACGCAGUUCUUCAAGGACACCAUUGAAGGCGAAGUAACAGUCAACGGCGACCCCAACGGCGACGGCCACUCCACCGCCCCCAUUGUCCAGCGCUUCCAAGUCGGCGGGCUGCCCAGCGUGUUCGACAUGCUUGCUCUCUCUAUGUCGACCGCAGUCCGGGGUACGGGGUCCGAUACCGCGAACACGGCGAUCGGCGCAGACAACGUCACGGUCACCGGUCUUUCUACGACGACGGUGACGUAUAUCCGCGUGCGCUGGUGGUGGAUUACGCUUCCUGUUGCGCUGGAGGUUGCUACUAUUUUGCUUUUCGCGAUGACGCUGUUGGAGGCGAGGAGGAUGAGGGUGUGGAAGACGAGUGCGCUGGCGGUGAUGAUGCAUGGGGUGCGGGAGGAAGAGUUGAGAGACGAGAAGGUGGAGAGGUGUGUGGAUAUGGAGGACGUGGCGAUGAGGAAGAGGGUAAGGCUGGAGAAGGGGGUGGAUGGGAGGGAGAGGUUGGAGGUUUGGAGGGGAGUGAAGGCAUGAGGACAAACCUCAUAAUACAUGGGCUUACGGCAAAUGUCUCCAGUGCUUAUGGAAAUGGCUCUUAUGCUCUUACGCGGAUCUGGGAAGAUAGGUCCGUCGCCAUCAUAUUCUCGUUGCGGCCGUCGUGUUCGACUCGCUGGUGCCUGCGGAGCCCUUCCAAAAGGGUGCUUAAGAACCACUAGUAUCGUAUCCGGAUGUGUUUCCCUCUAAGUCAUUCCGAAUCCAAGGGAGAAGGUAUAAAG